AUGUACAUGUGUAUUCUGGCUGUGAGGGCCGCUGUGAUUGGUCGAGAGCGGCGUCAGGCUGUGAGGGCCGCUGUGAUUGGUCGAGAGCGGCGUCAGGCUGUGAGGGCCGCUGUGAUUGGUCGAGAGCGGCGUCAGGCUGUGAGGGCCGCUGUGAUUGGUCGAGAGCGGCGUCAGGCUGUGAGGGCCGCUGUGAUUGGUCGAGAGCGGCGUCAGGCUGUGAGGGCCGCUGUGAUUGGUCGAGAGCGGCGACAGGUUUAUGCCAAGGGCAGAGAAUUCCCCACAGGAGCAGGCUCUGGGGUCGAUAGCGUGGGAGCUGACCCAGCGCUGGGGGUGAGGAUGAGGGAGGUGGGGGGUGAGGGGGGUGAGGGGGGUGGGGGGGGUGAGGGGGGUGGGGGGUGA